CAGCAUCAAACUACUGCAGCCUUCGCGGCUGUCUACAGGGAAGCUCGCAUACUACGGAUACAACGUGCCUGGCCCCCGGACGAGUCGUCGAUUUUCGGGCAUGAGAGCGUUGUGCUACUGCCAUCUUCUUGACCUGCACUGGCAUCACCACUGCAUACCAUGAGUAUUCUGAAUGGAUUACAAUGGAUAGUAGUACUGAAUGCCGCAUCAUCUAUGUCCCCGGCGGCGGUGAGCAGCCUGCGCUGUCUUCUCGUUUUCGCUGAACUCGCUCGCUCCUCUGGUUCAUCUGCCAAUCCGACAACCUCGCAGGUAUCCUCCGAGUCCUUCUAUCCGUAGAAAUCUACCUCUGUCGCGGUUCAGUUAGUUGCUAGCAGACAGCAGUCUACGGUCUUGCCUGUUAAGAUAACCGACGAUUGACGGAUCCUUCGUAACGAUGACCAAACCAGAUAUAACUCUCAGUCACGCCCGCUUCAAACAGAGAAACCUCCCUCCUUCUCUCCAUCUUCCCCUUCAAAGACCGUAACUGCCCGGUUGACUGACAUUCAAGUUUGUCACUGCCCUUGGCUGACACGGAAGAGAUCUGAUCAAACAUAUAUUGAGGUAUUCCUAGCAACCGACCGUUGCUUGCUCCUCCCAUACGUAUUGAUUGAUGUCUUUUCCUCUCAAAUACAAUCUACUACUACUAUCACAAACCAUUUCACAUCUAUCAGAAGAUCAAGCAUCUGACUCUGGUGUAUGCGGGUUGCACACCCCACAGCGGUAGCAGGACACUGUCAUUAGCGCAGCAGAGAGACGGCCAUAACGAACCGAACGAGAGGAAGACUGUUGUUGUGCAUGUGCUACUACCCGAUCGAGACUCAGCCCGAUAACCCAUUCGACCAUCCACAAUCUUCAGCGGCGUUUGUCACGCGACAAGCGCGAUCGGGGCCUUCAGAAUCGGCCAGGCGAACCCGACUACUCCUGUCCCUACCUAUUAGCACGCGGCCCUAGCACAAGGCCUGAACAAACCGAACCAUUCGAGCCACCGCGCGAGCCAACGAGCCUGCGGUUUCCCACCUGAAGCUGGACCCUAUCGCCCUCGAAGCCUCUGAAGUUGAAGGAUAAUAUUGCCAUCGCCCUCCAACCCCGGCACCGCCACCAGCAGGCCUCCUCCUCACACGUCGUCAUUUAUCACAUACACUCCAAGUUUACUUUUUACACUUCACCCAUCAGCUGUCCGUUCGACACCACAGUCGCUAUUUCAUUCCUCAGUUCUUUCUCUUUCUUUCCGGUCGUACUAGUUCGAUCUGUCGCUCGCUCGCUUUCAGCCCUCAACCCAGACAUCGCCUAGCCACAGUCCACCACUGGCGCGAUCUGCAAUCUUCCACCAACCGAGGCAGCACAGGCGAACCGUCUGUCCCGCCUGCCUACAUUCACCAGGAGGAACACAACAUCCAGCUGCACUGUCAUCGGUCCCUGAUUUGAAUAACGCGAUCCUGCUUGACUUAAUAACCGAUUUUCUCGUUGCUGGGCGGCUUUCUCUUUUUGUUUCUACUUGCUGCAAGGUUCGGCUGGUGGCGAGGUCUGAAAGACCAUGCAUGGGGAACCAGAUCUGGGUGCCAUUCAAGCCUCUCUCCGGGUUUUGAAUGUUGCAAGAUUGGCAUACCCUGCGAUCGUUCUGGUUAUUUUUGUUGCUGCAUUUAUCACGUAUGGCAUUAAGACCGCCCCUAAUGAUGGAGACAAGGUUCAGAUUCAUCCCAUGCGCGGUCCUGGAGGGAGACCUCUUCCAAUCCGUCGUCGAUCUGCCAAUCAGGUCAAAACAGCUGCCGCCGUCAAAGAUGUCUCGCCAACGACCAAAACCGCGUUCAGAAUCGGCCAAGCUUCUGUGAUCCUGACUUUCUUGGUCAAUGCCGGUCUCAUACUGUUCCAGACGGUGUUGAACCGUGACGAGGAGUGGUGGCCUGGCCAAAAUGCCGUUAUUUACGUUGUCGCGUCCACCUUUGUUUGGUUAGUGGUCUUCAUCUCCGUAAUGGAUUGCAAGCCCUCGCCGAACAUAGUCCAUUUCGUUACUUGGAUAUCCGCUGUUCCUUUGGACACCAUCAUUAUCGCGGCAAGUCUCCGAAUCUACACAGUACCGCAUUACGAACCACGAGUUGGCGACCAGCUCGGUGGUAGAUUGAGGAGAUCAAUCACUGGUUGGGAGACUCUCGAAGUCAUUGUGAACAUAUCCCGGCUUGUUCUGCUCUUGGGCCUCUCAGCUGCGUUUAUGUCCGUCAAAUAUAACUUUAAUAAGGCGGAAGGAUCCCGAUCUCCUGGGCAAAAUGAAAGGACCCCUCUACUGGAUGGCAACGUCGAAGCCGGAAGACAACCCAACGGUCAGGCUAAUGGCACUGCUCAACGUGGCCAGACAACCGAGUCGAAGGAGCAAGUUGAUGCAUGGGCCAAGCCAACUGAGGUGCCGAAUAUAUCCUGGUAUGCGUACUUGCGAGGCUUCGUGCUGUUGAUCCCGUACUUGUGGCCCAAGAAAUCCAUCAAACUGCAGCUGCUGGCGGGAACGUGCUUUCUCAUCAUGAUUGCACAGCGCGUGAUCAACGUGUUUGUGCCGGUCAUGGUUGGGAGGAUAACAGACGCUCUGUCCGGGGAUGAUGGAAAAGGGGUGCGAGCUCCUUGGUUGUACAUUGCAUUGUACAUUAUGUUUAGGUGGCUUCAAGGAUCUCAGGGCAUUCUCUCGGCUGCGAGGUCCAUUUUAUGGAUUCCUGUUGAGCAAUACUCGUACCGAGCCAUCUCCACCGCCGCUUUCGAGCACGUCCACAAUCUGAGCGCCGAAUUCCACACGGGCAAGAGAACCGGAGAAUUGAUAUCGGCCUUGAACAAAGGCAGUUCCAUCAACUCCUUCCUCGAAAUGGUCACUUUCCAGGUCGGACCAAUGGUCUUCGAUCUCAUUGUCGCGAUCGUUUAUCUCACCAUCAAAUUUGACGCCUAUCUUGGUUUGGUGGUGGCCAUCGUUACAUUCCUCUACAUUUAUGUCACUAUCCGUCUUGCCGCAUGGAGGGUCACGCUGCGCCGAAACUUUGUCAAUGCCGAUCGGGAGAUGGAGGCGGUCAAGAACGAUUCCCUGCAUUCCUGGGAUACUGUCAAGUAUUUCAACGCCGAGGAGUAUGAAUUCAGCCGGUACAGGAAGGCAAUAAAGACCAUGCAGAGUUAUGAAUACUGGGUGGAAGUCACCUUGGCUUACAUGAACACUGUGCAGGGCGCGUUGUUCAUGGUGGCAUUGCUGGUUGCCAGUUUCAUCGAGGCAUUCGAGGUUGCCCAAGGUGAUCAAACCGUGGGAAAUUUUGUCCUUCUCAUCACGUAUAUGACGCAACUGCAAGGUCCUUUGAAUUUCUUCGGAACCUUUUACAGAUCUAUUCAGUCCAACCUCAUCAACGCCGAAAGAAUGUUGGAACUGUUCAAGGAGCAACCGCACGUGGUCGACCGACCCGGCGCGAAGCCCUUGCAAGAAUGCGAGGGUGACAUCGUUUUUGACAAUGUAACGUUCAGUUACGACAAACGAAGGCCAGCCCUCAACCACCUGAGCUUCCACUGUCCCCCCGGAACCACAACUGCGCUCGUGGGCGAAUCAGGUGGAGGGAAAAGCACGGUUAUGCGAUUGAUCUUUCGCUAUUACAAUCCCGACUCUGGACGCAUCUUGGUGGACGGCAUUGACGUUCAAGAUAUCACGCUAGACUCGCUGCGCCGAUUCAUCGGUGUCGUGCCUCAGGAUUGUAACAUGUUCAACGAGUCAAUCAUGUACAAUCUUCGCUAUGCCAACCAGGACGCCUCGGAUGAGGAUAUCUACAACGCUUGCCGAGCUGCGUCCAUCCACGAUCGGAUCAUGCAGUUUCCAGAUGGCUACGAGACAAGGGUUGGAGAGCGAGGUGUCCGUUUAUCUGGUGGCGAACGUCAACGUGUGGCCAUCGCUCGAACCAUUCUCAAGAACCCUCGCAUAACCAUGCUGGAUGAGGCCACGGCCGCCUUGGACUCGGAAACCGAAGAGAAGAUCCAAGAGUCUUUGAACAAUCUCGCCGAAGGCCGUACCAUGAUCAUCAUCGCCCACCGUCUCAGCACCAUUGUUAACGCCGAUCAAAUUCUGGUACUUUCCAACGGUACUGUUGUUGAGAGAGGCACUCAUGAAGAGCUUAUUGCGCUUGGAGGCAAGUAUGCUAGCAUGUGGCGGAAGCAGUCGCGAGCACAAAAGGCUGCGGCGGAGGCGGCCGAGCUGAGGACAAGAGCCAAAAAGGCAUUGGAAGAAGCUGAGGCGGAUAGUGCCAGCGUCAGUGAAGAAGAAAUCGAACAGGCCAAAAGACGAGACAGGGGGUUCACAAAGGGUCAUAAAAGGGUCAACUUCAGCGAAAGCAGUCAUUUACGAGCAAGUUGGGGGGUCGAUGAUCAGUCUCGCGGAAACGACGACAGACCAGAAAGCUCGCAGCAUGACCGUGGCAACUCUGGGAAACCGCCUGGUCAUCCCUGAGCUUUUCUAUACAAGUCGAGGUUGGUUGGCGAGUACUGUUCGCCACUUGUUAUGGGGCAAGGAUAAUGCUUUUCCGGGGGGUUACUGGGUGGUAAUUGUGUUUAAUCUGGUUUCUUGCACAUUAUCUUUGGGAAUUGGUUCAAAAAUGACCUUGACGACAUGAAUGACGGUGGAAGAUAGCACAGGCGGAUCGAACAUGACAUCGGACAUGAGGCGAGUACAGAUCCGAGUCCAGCAUGAGCAGGCAGCACCAGGUUCUGCUGGCCGCACGGUAUUUGUAAAGGGAGGAAUGAUUUCACCGCGAGCAGCAGACAUGGAUUGACUCUGUGAUGCAUGACGGUUGUGCCAAAACUUGAUGGGGACUUUGCAGCCAUUGGUCUAAUCAUUGUGUUGAGAAAAGAAGAGCUUGCUGCCUCAGGGCAUUGGAAACACCAGCGUGUCUAUGAAGAGCUUGACUCUUUUGCAUGGGUCCGAAAAUUGUUGGCAACUGUAGGCAUGGUUGCAAACAAGACCGAGGAAGGAAAUGUUCAGUCAAAGUUACUGUCAGAAUCUCGCUGGCUUGCACAACCGCUUCAGGUUUCUGGCUUGGCCGAGGCUGAUCAGUGUGUAAUGCAGUGCGUUAAAUGAAAAGUCCGUCUUUAUGCUAAUUGUUCCGAGAUCGCCAGUGGUAGUAGAUUGCCAGUUCUGAUUACCAUUACCUACCUGUCACGUUCUGGAUUAUAGAUAUCGAUAGACAGCCUAGAACCGUCGCUUCUUCUUGGUACCGUU